UCAGGCCAUAGACGAUCUCCUUCGUCCCCCAAGCAUCACCCAUCUACCUCGGCCAUCUCCCUACCACGAUACCCCAAGGCCAAUCUACCUCGGUAGCACCCUGUUUCCAUGUUACCAUCUCCCAGCAUCUCAGUGUCGUUCGAAUCUUCUUGACCUCGGCGCGUUUCAGGGGGCAGAGAGGGGGGCACGGAACCAAAGCAAAUCCUCCUCAGUCCAGACGUCAAUCUGUCGCGUGCAAAGGCUCGUCACAGCAGCCUGACCACUCAGCUCAGGCUCGUCGUACACCGCUCCAGAUACCGUGUGAUCUGACAGCGACUCGCUCUGCACUGGACGGGUGUAGAGGAGAAACUACAGCGAACUCAUCAACGGCACAGCGAUGGGCGAACCAGCAGCUGCCCCAUUGGCGCAAACGGAUUCGCUGCUAGACUCCCAACCAGAAGCCUCGACGUCAGGGGUCCCUGGCUGGCAAACUUCGACUCCUGUACCUCAUGAACAGGAUGAGGAGGUAGAUCAAUCUGAAGAGGUGGGAGACGUGCUAUGCGGAGGAUGUGGGAAAUUGAUAAACGAAGACUCGGCGCAGGGAGGGGUCAUUCAUUUUGCGACGCAGCUGUGGCACCUGGAAUGUUUUCGGUGCGCCAAAUGCUCCCAGCCCGUCAGUACAGAUCGAGACGACAUCCUCCUUCUCUCGGACGGACAUCCCAUUUGUGCAAGCUGCAACUACUCUUGCCAGAUCUGUGGAUUGCCGAUUCUGGAAGAGGCGAUCAUGACCGGCGAUGAAUCCUACCAUGCUACUUGUUUCACCUGCCGCUCCUGCAAAGAACCGAUCAAAGAGCUGGUCUUCGCGAAGACGAGUCAAGGUAUUUACUGUAUGCCCUGUCAUUCGGAACGGGUUGCCCGAAGCAGGCGGCAUUCAGAGGCUCGAAAGAAGAGCGGGAAACACAGGGACGGAUCUACACGAAGAGCACGGCAGCCAACUGAUGGCUCGCAGUCCACCGACAAGGCGACGAAUGCCGACGACACUGCAACGCAUUCCCAAUUACCUCCUUCCGAGCCCAGCGCGGCAUCCAUCGCGACUUCGGCAAGCUUAGCAUCUACUACCGAGGGCACACGAGCACAGGACAGCGAAGUAUCACAGCAUUCGGACCAAACUCUACACCCACUUUUGCCUGGCCACACCGAGAAUGGCACUGGAGAGGCCUCACUCCCGUCCAGAGCCGUGACGCCCUCGAGUGAACUGCCGACGACUCCACAAAUGCCUUCGCCACCACUGGGGACACAUCUCACGAGCCUGCAGUCGCAGUCGCAGUCGCAGCUUCGCUCGCCCUUUUCAUCCUCGCCCGCCCAGAACUACUCGAGGCCGGUGCCACCAUCGGCAGGUGCCACAUCGAUGUCGCGGGGCGUUAGUAGCAGUGCAAAUCAUCAAGAGCCAUCUACAAGUACCGCCUCGCCCCCUUCUCGUUUGUCUGCAGCCGACUCGACGAGAAAGCGCGAGUCUCCCUUGCCCGCAACCCCCAUCGGUGCUUCCGCGGGACUCACGACCGCAGGGGCUCCCCCGAAUGGGAUGGGCGACGACCACCACUCACAGCAAGGUUCUGUGCAGCAUGUUCCGGUCAUACGGAGAUCUUCCGACUCGGACGCAAAAGAUGCAGUCGCAGCUCUCAGGAGCAUCACAGCUUCGGAGUCAGCACCAAGUCACGCUUCACCGAGUACAAGACCCGGGUCGGCCGCAGCGAUCAAAGUAGAGCGGGCAAGCUCUUCUCAGGGGUUCGGUGCAGACGGCCGAAUUACUCCCACUCCUACAGUCUCGGGGACUGCCAAUUAUGAGAGGAUUCUAGGAUCACCACUCAGACACAGCAGCUCCCCCGCAGCGGCCAUUCAAGAGUCGCCUGUACUUCCUCGGAGUCCUUCAGGUCUGCUUCCUCGAGCGUCUCACUUCUCAUCAUCAUCUGAAGACGACGCUGAGAGUAGAGAGAGGAGCGCAACUGCGCCAGUCAAACGGGCGUCACGCUUGUCCCACAUGGAGCUGUCAUCGCAGGAUCCCGCUAUCCCCAAGCGACUUGAUGGUCUCUCUCCAGAGCCUGCACUGGCCGAGACGUUCUCCUUCUAUGACGCUGACUUUGCCAAUCUAAUUGAUUCGAUCAGUGACAAUGACUUGGAGCGCACAGCGUCUCAGAUGAGCAGUCCAGUGCUGGUAGACGACGCCUCAUCUCCAUUCGCUGAUGGGCGCGCUCAGAGGCGAAGCCACGGUCAGGUGGAGCUCUCGUCUACCGAUGAGACUCAGAUGGUCACAUCGCAAUCAGCAGCCUCUAUGAUGACGAUCCAGGCACGAAUGCGUGAAUCUAUGAGUCAAGCAAGGGACGGACAAGUCAGCAUGGAGACAGCCUUCAUUGAAAUGGUACUGCAAGAACUCGAUGACACACGGAACCGUAUGAAAGCUUUGCGCAGCAAGUAUGAUCAACUGAAAAGGGCAAGUCAGUAUGCCGUCCAAGGGAUCGAUUACGCUCGUGUUGAGUAUGACGCUCAAAGACAGGCAAGAUCAGAUGCUGAGAUGGAAAUGCUCAAGCUCAAGGAGCGAUUGGCUGAGCAGGCUAGUAAGCUGGCUGCGUUGGCUCACUCAGAGAAACAGCAGGAGACAUUGGACCAGCGAUCGAAAGACAUCAAGACUUCUCUACAAGACAUGACGAAGAGUCUUACGAAGCUUACAGUGGAAAGAGACCUCAAGGCAGCAGAGGUGGCCGAACUCAUUGCAGUGCAAGAAGGACGAAGUCAGCUGCCCUCAGGCCCCGAUGCCUCGUCAAAUGGAGAAGCUGAAAAGCUGCUGCAGUCCCGCUUGAGUCUCAGGCUGGACGACGUGAAGGCCAGGUAUCGGCAGGACAUCGAGCACCUGACGGAUCAGCGAAAUGAGCUGCUGAUCGAGAUCGAAGAUCUGCGCCAGUCUAGAGAUGUCUAUCUGGAGGAGACUGAGACGUUGAACACACGAAACGAGGAAUUGAACACGCUGCUGUCGAGGCUGACUGCGAAGGUGGAGUCGAUGUCCCUAGCGGACCAAAGUAGCAGCGUCAGCAGUAGGCAGUCCUCGCGGUCCGUACAAGCGGGUCCUGGCGCCGGUGCGGGCAAGAGCAGUAGCGGAUUUGGUUUCGGCUUCAGUACACGAGGUGGCCGAGGACAUGCAGUCUCCCCCUCGAUAGCAUCUUCUCGAGAUGGUUUCACAGGCGGAAGCUCAGCAGGAUAUCACUCUGCCGCAGAUCCAGAGCCCACCACUUCGGGACCAGCUCCUUCUCGAGGUGCUAUGAAUCUGCCGCCUCAGGCAGCUGCCCAGACCAGAGCUGAAGCGGUCGCUCUGGCCUCUCUGGCUUCGUCUUCAGGUGCCUCAUUGCCUCUGGCGCCGUCGAAUAGUGCUCAGGGCGGAGCCAACAACAAGAAGUUCAAAUGGAUGAAGCCAAUCUCUUCUUCCAAGAACAGCAACCCGCAAGGUCUUGCGGGCCCUCCCGUCAGUCCAUCUCCACCGAUGCCACCCCCCAAGAACGGUCACCAUGGUCACACUUCCUCUGCCUCGCUGCAGCCCUCUCUCUUCUCAUCACAGCGGGAGAAGGAGCUGAUCUCUCACGAACAGAUUGUACGGGAGCACGUCUUCGUGCCCUUCCAUGUCCUGCGGCCAACAAGAUGCUUCGCUUGCCAAAAGAACAUGUGGGGUCAAAGCGAAGUGCGGUGCGCCUCCUGCGGUCAGGUCUGCCACAGCAAGUGUCUGUCAAGCCUGCCCAUCUCCUGCACUCAACCCUAUCUGGGUAGGGCAGAUGAGCUGGGCUCUGAGCCAGCAGGGCCCUCGAUGUUCGGUCGAUCUCUCGUUGAGCAGGCUGCAGCUGAAGGGAGGGACAUUCCACUUGUCGUGGAGAAGUGCAUUCAAGCCGUGGAAAGGAAUGGGAUGGACUAUGAGGGUAUCUACCGCAAAUCUGGUGGCAGCUCUCAGCUGAGAGUCAUCACCCAGCUCUUUGAGAGGGGCAGUCAUUUCGACUUGGACGAUGUAGAAAGAUUCAAUGAUGUAUCCGCCGUCACCAGUGUCCUAAAGAAUUAUUUCCGAGAGCUUCCCGAGCCUCUAAUGACCUACGAGCUGCACGAGGGCUUCAUCAAGUGCAUCGAACAAUUCAAGACUUCCAAAACGAACGAACGACCUUCGUCCUCGGCUGGUGAGAGCGGGCCUCUUGCCAGCGGCAGUGCAGGUCCCGAGAAUGGGAAAGUAGAGGAUGCCAAGUUGCAGAAGAUGAGGGAGAUGGUAGGCCAGCUGCCGCGUGCUCAUCUCGAGACGCUGAAGCUUUUGAUUGGUCACCUGAAUCAGGUCGCUCGCAGGAGCGACGAAAACCGUAUGACAGCGCGCAACUUGGGUGUAGUCUUUGGUCCUACCUUGAUGAAAUCUCCCGAUGCCUCAAAGGAAUUCUCAGAGAUGGGCGGCAAGAGCCUCACCGUCGAGUACCUCACCGAGCGGUAUCAAGACGUCUUUGCCUGAACAAGAGCUUUGCAAACCUCAACACCACUGUUCUUGACCAGCACCGGCAGAGAAGAAGAACAAGGGACUGCUGGUACAGUUCUCGUCGUUUCCCUACCUUUUCCCGUACUAUCCCUCCCUCCCUCCCUUCCUUUCGCUGGUCGAUCUUCCACUCUCGUUUUGUUUUCGCCUGUCUUUUUGUGUUGACUCCCCUUUUUGUUUCCCCCAUCGUACUUUAUCAAUCGAGUCACAGUAGCAUCUCCGAUG